AGUUGUCCGUGCAGAAAGCUUAUACCAAAGAUCGCUAACUAACCCCCAAAAAAGAGCAGCCAUGGAAAUGUCGAGCGAACUCGAUAGGCUGCUAUUUUUCGAGCAAGCUCGUAAAAUUUCCGAGGCUACUUACGCUUAUCCUCUAGACGCCGAUAAUUUGACCAGAUGGGCCGGAGCUUUACUAGAGUUGUCUCAGUUUCAAAGUGUCGGUGAUUCCCAGAAAAUGAUUCAAGAUGCUAUUUCGAAACUAGAGGAGGCUUUAUCGAUAAACCCUAAAAAGCAUGAUGCUUUAUGGUGUUUGGGAAAUGCUCAGACUUCUUUUGCGUUUCUGACUAGCAAGGAGGACGACGCAAGGCCUUAUUUUGAAAAGGCUGCUCAAUAUUUCCAGCAAGCUGUUGAUGAGGACCCGAGCAAUGAAAUUUACCUCAAAUCUUUAGAGAUAUCUGCUAAGGCUCCAGAAUUACACCAGGAAAUCGUUAAGCAUGGUUUAGGUCAACAAACGCUUGGGGCUGGACCUUCUACUUCUACUUCCUCCAGUUCAACUAAGACUGCCGCAAAGAAUAAAAAAAGCAGUGAUCUCAAAUAUGAUAUAUUUGGAUGGGUAAUCCUUGCUGUUGGCAUUGUUGCAUGGGUUGGCUUUGCGAAGUCACAAAUGCCACCUGCCCCGCCGCCACCGCCUCGAUAAGUGGCCUGCAUAAACAUGCCCUUGAGGGAUUCAAACAGCCUUCCUGCUUUUGAGUUAAGACAUUAGAAGGAAAAUUGAUAAUUUUAUGUUACUUUUUUUUAACUUGUUAGUGCUCUCUCAUAUCGAUUUUCCAAUGGUGAAAUUUCUGUAUGAA